AUGGAGACAGAUAUUGAUGAUUUGUCUUUUCAUUUGAGUACAUUAAGAACUACUCCUAAUGAAAUAGCAAUGUUAGAUAAUCGUCAACCAAUAUCAACUUAUAUUCUCCCAUCAAUGUCAUCAUGUCCAAUGGCAACCGAUAAUUAUAAUCAUUUACUUAUUUAUCAUCAUCAAACAUUAAUAUUGUUGAGUCUACCAAAGUUUGAAGUUAUAUUUUCUAUAGCAAUUACUCCAUUUAUUGAAAGUCCAAUAUCAGAUAUGUGUUUUCAUUCGAUAUUAAAUUGUUUUCUUUUAUCAAGUUCAAAUACAAUUUAUUCAUUAUCAUCUAAUAGACAAAUUGAAAUAAUUCAUAAAUUUUCUAAUAUAAUUUGGUCAAUAACAAAUACAUCUAAAUAUAUAUUUAUUUGUUAUUUAUUUGGUUUUUCAAUUGAACAAUGGGAAUUCAAUUCUAAUAAUGGAAAUUUAUUAAAUACAUGGUUAAAAGAUAGUUUAAUUGAAUCUUUAGAUAUAGGUAUUAAUUGUAUUCGAGCUGUAAAUCAAUAUCUUGGUAUGACAAUAAAAGAAAAUAAUUUUUCUUGGAGAAUUGAUAUCUUUGAUGUAUUAACGAUGAAUAAAAUACGUCGUGGUAGAACAAUUCAACAAGAAAAUGAUUUCAAAAAUUGGAUUGGAAUAUUAUAUCCUAUGGAUCAUUAUCGAUGGUUAUUUGCUGAUGGUGAUCAAGGUUUAUAUUUAAUUGAUCAAACUGAUCCGCAAGAAUAUAAACAAAACAAUAUUAAAAAAGUAGCGUGUAAUAUUUGUUUGAUUCAUGAUAUAAAUAGUAAAACAUAUUCUUCAAUUGUUGUUCAAUCAUAUGAAGCAUUACAUUUAUAUGAUUUACAGUGA